GCCUGGAGCGUGGUGAUGGAUAAGACACCGUUCGGAAUGACAGCACGACCGUUUAGUCUGCGUGGAUCUCUAGUUCCGGCGACAAUGACGGGUUUCACGGCGUGUCUUCUCGCGGCGAUUUGCCUCGUGUCUGGGACACUCGCGAGAAAAGGGUUCGGUCCUGGCGAACAAGAAUGGGGAUACGUGCAAGUGCGGCCGAACGCGAACAUGUUCUGGUGGCUUUACUACACCUCGGCGAAUGUUUCCUCGUAUUACGAUAAACCGUUGAUCAUCUGGCUGCAAGGCGGUCCGGGCGCGUCUUCCACUUCCUACGGGAACUUCGAGGAACUCGGACCCCUCGACCUAGACUUGAAACCGAGAAAUUACACUUGGGUAAAAGACUACAAUGUCCUCUUCAUCGACAACCCGGUCGGCACAGGCUUCAGCUACACCACGUCGUCGACCGCCUACGCGACGACCAACGCACAAAUCGCCAGCGACCUUGUAGAAUGCAUGAGAGGCUUCCUGAAAAAGUUGCCGAAAUUCGCGAAUGUCUCCACUUACAUCACGACUGAAUCUUACGGGGGCAAAAUGGGCGCGGAGUUCGCUCUCGCUUGGUACAAGGCGCAACAAGCUGGAACCAUCAAGAGCAAGUUGAAAGGUGUCGCUCUGGGCGACGCUUGGAUCUCACCGAUCGACUCAGUGUUGACUUGGGGGCCAUUUUUAUAUCAAACGGGGAUGGUUGAUAAAAACGGCCUCUCUGAAAUUGACAGAGCAGCGCGUGCAACGCAGGAUGCGGUGAGAACCGGCAAGUGGAGGGCAGCCACAAAUCUGUGGAGCUACACCGAGGGUGUGAUUGUGAAAGUCACCCAUAAUAUCAAUUUCUAUAACAUUUUGACGAAGACGAAUUACAUGUACGGAAAGAAUUGGUUCCUGUCGAACCCUAUGCUCAAGAGAGACGACGGGGUAAGCGUCUAUGACGCCUCUCUGACCAAUCUAAUGAACGGCCCAGUGAAAAGGGCGCUCAAUCUGUCCGUGAAUCAUGGCGUCCAGUCCAAUACAGUGUUCAGCAAGUUGCAGGAGGACUUCAUGAAACCUGUUGUCGACAAAGUGGAACUGUUGCUGAAUCAAACGGAUUUGAAGGUGAUCGUGCUUACCGGACAACUGGAUCUUAUCGUGGACACUCCAGGCACUUUUGACUGGGUCGACAAGAUGCAGUGGAAAGGCCGGCGCGAGUGGCGUCUAACCGAUCGAGUGCCUUUGACCGCGCAGAACGUGAUCGAGGGGUACGCGACGUCUUACGGGAACUUAGCUAUGUAUUGGGUCAACAGAGCUGGACAUAUGGUUCCCAAGGACAAUCCGGCCGCAAUGGCGCAGAUUCUGAAAAGAUUCACUGGUUGAUGCUUCAGACGGAAUACAGCGAAAGACGAACAUUAACAUAAGAUUGUAUUUUCAAACCGUUUUUCCGUUGUCUAUUAAAUAAACUAAAAUUUUCUGA